GACAGUGAGGGAAGACACAAGAGGAGGUGAAUUCAGUGUUUGGGACGGGCACAUCUGAGUGAAGGGGAAAUGAUGAGGAGUCUGAUGCUGCUGCUUCUCUGUGUGUCUCUCAGUAUCAGGGAGGGGACAGGAGAGGACUCUGGGCAGGACUUGGCAUCAGAAUAUGAUACCCUGGCACCCAACAGCCUGGCAGGGGCACUGGAAGAGAUGUUGGACUAUAACCAAGAUAAAGGCAUCAGACUCCAAAGAAGAGUCGGUCAACUUCCCUGGUGCGACGUGGGAGAGCGCUGUGCAAUGAAGCUCGGGUCUCGGGUCGGGAAGCUGUGCGACUGUCUGAGAGGGGCUUCGUGCAACUCAUUCCUGCUGAGAUGUUAUUAACACUGGAUAAAGCCCAGAAGAUGGUCCCAGGUUAUUCCUGCUGGGACGGCGACCCCUAGCUGCAGUGUCUGUUACUGUCUCUGUGUAUAAAUAAUUUAAUGUAGAAAAGAAAACCUGAAAUCAA